UGUACUUCCUCCAACUGUUACAAUUAACGUGUGUUUUAAUACCGGUAUUGCAUUGUUUUCGUUAUUAAAACAGAUUUAAGAAUUUGGCGCCAUGAUUUCACAUUCGACAAUUCUACAUCAUCUGAGGAACAAAUCUCUGUUACGAAUAUCAAGAAUUUAUGUACAGUAUUAUGUUAAGACAUGUAGACUGUAUUCGUUUUGGAAUAAAAGAAUUUACACAGGGGAAAAUGGGUUGAAAGGCAGAGUUGUUGCAAAACACAUUGGCAAUUGUAGUAUUGUUGCAUCCGUAUUAUCUAUAUCUUAUCUCUAUGUGUAUAAGAAGACAGAUGAACCUAAGAAGACAAAUGUACAAUGUGGAGAGUUUAGGGCAGAUUUAAAAACUUACACUUUAGAAGAAGUAAGCAAACACGAUAAUAAAGAAGCUAGUGUAUGGGUGACAUUUAAACAAGGGGUAUAUGACAUAACAGAUUUUAUUGAGAAACAUCCAGGUGGUCCUUCUAAAAUAAUAAUGGCAGCUGGUAGUUCUGUCGAACCAUUUUGGGGAAUCUUUGCUAAUCAUAACAUACCAGAAAUAUAUAAGCUGCUCGAAACAAUGAGAAUUGGAAACAUUUCUAAAGAAGAUUCAGUUUCCAAUAAAGAUAAUCAAAAUGAUCCAUACGCGACAGAACCGACUAGACACAAAGCUCUAAAAAUUAAUGGGCAUAAACCCUUUUGCGCUGAACCACCUCCUUCUUUAUUAGUUGAAAGCUUCAUUACACCAACAGAAUUAUUUUAUGUUAGAAAUCAUCUUCCUGUUCCCGAAAUAGACAUGAAAACUUAUACUUUGGAGUUAGCUGUAGAAGAAACAACACAAAAAACCUUCACUUUUGAAGACAUAAAAAAAUAUCCAAAGUAUACAAUAACAAGUGCUGUAAUGUGUGGUGGGAAUAGACGGUCUGAAAUGGCGCAGGAGAAACAAUUAAAAGGGCUUAGUUGGGGCGUAGGUGCUGUCGGUAAUGCCACGUGGACCGGUGCAAGAUUAUGCGACAUACUAAAAGAUUUAGAAAUCAAUGAAAAUGAUUAUAAUCAUGUACAGUUUGAAGCAUAUGAUUUAGAUCCUUCUGGUUCACCAUACAGUGCAAGUAUACCUAUUAGUAAGGCUAUGGAUCCCAGAGCAGAUGUAAUCUUAGCUUAUGAAAUGAAUGGACAACCAAUUCCAAGGGACCAUGGGUUUCCCAUUCGAGUAAUUGUCCCUGGCGUUGUUGGGGCUAGAAACGUAAAGUGGCUUGGCAAAAUGAUCAUCUCAACCGAAGAAAGCCAUUCGCAAUGGCAACGAGGCGAUUAUAAAGGUUUUUCACCUAGCGUCGAUUGGGAUAACGUAGAUUUUUCUAAAGCACCCGCUAUACAGGAAAUGCCUGUGAUUUCCGCAAUUUGCACACCGGAACCGUUGGAAACGGUCAAAGUAAAAAAUGGAAAGAUAAAUGUUAAAGGAUACGCAUGGUCGGGAGGUGGUCGGAAAAUAAUUCGAGUCGAUAUAACGAACGAUCAAGGUACAACUUGGCAAACAGCUGAUUUAGUUGCGGAAGACACGAGUGCUAAACAGGGUCGUUACUGGAGUUGGACAUUAUGGAACGCAGAAAUUCCUGUGAAAAAAGAGCACAAAGAAACAGAAAUUUGGGUGAAAGCUGUGGACGCGUCGUACAAUGUCCAGCCAGAAAGUUUCAAAAAUAUCUGGAAUCUACGAGGUUUCCUUUGUAAUGCAUAUCACAGGGUUAAAGUUAAAUUGGAACACUGA